CUCUCCCCCAAACGUCAAAGCCUCUUUCACUCGGUCUCUCCCUGCUAGCCUUACAUUCUGGUUUGCUUGUGUACAAAAAAGGACUAGGGCUUACCCUUAUCCUAUACACCUCUAUUUCUCUCCAUUUCUCUUCCCAAACAUUAACACUCUCCCAUCUCUCUCAUUCUCUCCCUCUUGUCCCCCAGCUUCCCUUAUUAAUUUCUUUUCUUUCGCUUGCGCUUUUUUCGUUUCCAGUUUUCCAUUUAUGCACACUAAUAUCAUCAUCCAACUCCCUCUCGUCAUGUCUUCAUCGUCAGAAUAUCUCACUCAUCUUCUCAUUUCAAAGCUCUAGUUUAUAUUACUAUCGCCUUUUGCUUGACCUUCUUUCAGCAGUUGCUUCUCUUUUCUUUUGCUCUUUUUUUUUUAUGUGUUUCUUUAUAUUAACUUUGUGUUUUUGCUGAAAUUUUUGCCGUCCGGUGCUGUCAAGUCAUCACUUCCUAGGUCUUCUUAUUCUUUAUUAUAGAAAGAAAAAGUUAUUGAGUGUUGGACGGAGAUUUCUCUCAGAAUUUGCAUGCAGAGACUUUAUCAGUCGAUAAAUUCAAUCUGGGGUCAUAGUUAUUAUCGUCAAAGAAUUACCAGUUGAAGCAGUCAAAUAAUUCCAUCUUUAUAACCAAUCCUACACUUGUGGUGCACAAAUGGCUCCCAAGACAGGGAAGACAAAACCACACAAAGCCAAGGGCGAGAAGAAGAAGAAAGAAGAGAAAGUUUUACCGACUGUAAUCGAAAUUUCCGUCGAAACACCUGAAGAAUCCCAAGUUACUCUCAAGGGGAUAUCUACGGACAGGAUCUUAGAUGUAAGAAAGCUUUUAGGGGUCCACGUUGAGACAUGUCAUUUGACCAACAUCUCCCUAUCUCACGAGGUGCGAGGACCUCAACUUAAGGACUCCGUUGACAUCGUCUCUCUCAAACCCUGCCACCUGUCCAUAACUGAAGAGGACUACACGGAGGAUCUAGCGAUCGCACAUAUCCGACGACUCCUCGACAUCUUUGCCUGCACAACCUCCUUCGGUUCGCCUAAACCGGCUGCUCGAACCGUACCAAAAGAACCAGGUUUUAAGGAAUCGGCUGCUUCGGAUAACGGGCCAAGCCAUGGUAGUGAAUCUUCCGACAACUCGAAGGCGAAGGAGAAAAUCGACGCGGCGGCGGUGUCGAUGUGUCCUCCACCGCGGCUCGGUCAGUUCUACGAUUUCUUCUCCUUCUCUCACCUCACGCCUCCUAUCCAAUAUAUUAGAAGAUCAAGUCGUUCAUUCCUGGAGGAUAAAACAGAAGAUGACUUUUUCCAAAUUGAUGUUCGAGUUUGUAGUGGGAAACCGAUGACCAUAGUUGCUUGUCGAAAAGGGUUUUACCCGGCCGGAAAGCGCCCUUUUAUCUGUCACUCUCUGGUCGCUCUUCUGCAGCAAAUUAGCAGGGUCUUUGAUGCUGCAUACAAGGCUCUUAUGAAAGCUUUCACUGAGCACAAUAAAUUUGGCAACCUUCCUUAUGGUUUUCGGGCAAAUACAUGGGUUGUUCCUCCUGUAGUAGCGGAUAACCCAUCAGCUUUUCCCCCACUUCCAGUGGAAGAUGAAAACUGGGGAGGAAAUGGAGGUGGACAAGGAAGAGAUGGUAAGCAUGACAAUAGGCAAUGGGCAAAAGAGUUUGCAAUACUGGCUGCCAUGCCUUGCAAAACAGCAGAAGAGAGGCAAAUACGAGAUAGGAAGGCUUUUCUUCUUCACAGCUUAUUUGUUGACGUUUCAGUUUUUAAAGCAGUUGCAGCAAUCCAGAACAUCAUUGAAACCAAUCAGAAUGCUUUAAGUGACCCUUCUGCUUCAAUUUUGCAUGAAGGGAAAGUGGGAGAUUUGAUCAUUAAGGUGACAAGAGAUGUUCCUGAUGCAAGUGUGAAAUUGGAUUGUAAAAAUGAUGGGAGUCGGAUUCUUGGAAUGCCACAAGAGGAGCUCACUCGGAGAAAUUUACUUAAAGGCAUAACUGCUGAUGAGAGUGCAACUGUUCAUGAUACUUCUACUUUAGGUGUUGUGGUUGUCAGAUAUUGUGGCUACACAGCUAUAGUAAAAGUUUCAGCUAAGGUAAAUUGGGAGGGAAAUCCCAUUCCUAAAGACAUUGACAUUGAGGACCAGCCUGAAGGAGGUGCCAACGCUUUAAAUGUCAAUAGCUUAAGGAUGCUAUUGCACAAGUCAACCACACCUACAUCAGCUCAGCGAUCACAGAAUGUGGAUUUUGAGAACUUGCAUUCUGCUAGGGCUUCAGUGAGGAAAGUGUUAGAGGAUAGCUUGCAGAAGUUGCAGAAUGAACCCUCUAAUAACUCCAGGUCUAUUAGAUGGGAGCUAGGAGCAUGCUGGCUGCAACAUCUUCAGAAUCAGUCUUCUGGGAAAAACGAGUCUAAGAAAAAUGAAGAUGUUAAGCCUGAGCCUGCUGUGAAGGGUCUUGGAAAGCAAGGUGCAUUGCUAAAGGAAAUUAAAAAGAAAACAGAUAUCAAAGGCGGUAAAACUGAACAGAGUAAGGAGGUUUCUUCAGAGAACAGCCUGGAUAUGAGCAAGAAAUCAGAAGUCAGUAAUCAGAAGGAUCUGCAGAAGCGAGAUGAGGAAAUGGAAAUGUUGUGGAAAAAACUGCUUCCUGAAGCAGCAUAUUUGCGACUAAAAGAAUCACAAACUGGCCUUCAUCUUAAGUCUCCUGAUGAGUUGAUUGAAAUGGUGCAUAAAUACUAUGCUGAUACUGCUCUUCUAAAACUGGUGGCAGAUUUUGGCUCCCUUGAACUUUCACCAGUCGAUGGAAGGACUUUGACAGAUUUUAUGCAUACAAGGGGUUUGCAAAUAUGUUCGCUGGGGUGUGUGGUUGAGCUUGCAGACAAGUUGCCUCAUGUGCAGUCACUUUGUAUACAUGAAAUGGUUGUUCGAGCCUACAAACAUGUGUUACAGGCUGUUGUAUCAGCAGUUGAUAGUGUUGGUGACUUGGCUGCAUCAAUAGCAGCAUGUUUAAAUAUAUUGUUGGGGACACCAUCAAUUGGGAAUGGUGAAAUAGAUAUUAUUAAUGAUGACAAACUCAAAUGGGAAUGGGUGGAAACUUUCCUUUCAAAGAGGUUUGGGUGGCAUUGGAAAUCAGAAAGCUGCAAGGAUCUGAGAAAGUUUGCGAUUCUUCGUGGACUGUGCCACAAGGUUGGGCUUGAGCUUGUUCCUAGGGAAUAUGACAUGGAUACUCCAUCUCCUUUUAGGAAGUCAGAUAUCAUAAGCAUGGUUCCUGUAUUCAAGCAUGUUGCAUGUUCGUCAGCAGAUGGGCGUACACUGUUGGAAUCAUCCAAGACUUCCCUGGAUAAAGGUAAAUUGGAGGAUGCGGUCAAUUAUGGCACUAAGGCACUUUCAAAACUUGUCUCAGUCUGUGGUCCUUACCAUCGGAUGACUGCAGGAGCAUACAGUCUUCUGGCUGUUGUGCUUUACCAUACUGGAGACUUCAAUCAGGCUACCAUUUAUCAGCAGAAAGCAUUGGAUAUAAAUGAAAGAGAGCUUGGUCUUGACCAUCCAGAUACGAUGAAAAGUUAUGGGGACCUAGCUGUCUUCUAUUAUCGCCUUCAACAUACAGAGUUGGCGUUGAAGUACGUGAAUCGUGCAUUGUAUCUUUUGCAUUUAACAUGUGGGCCAUCUCAUCCGAACACAGCAGCCACCUAUAUUAAUGUAGCAAUGAUGGAAGAAGGCUUGGGAAAUGUUCAUGUUGCUCUUAGAUAUCUCCAUGAGGCUCUCAAAUGCAACCAAAGACUACUUGGAGCUGAUCAUAUACAGACUGCUGCCAGCUACCAUGCCAUUGCAAUUGCUCUCUCUUUGAUGGAAGCUUACUCCUUAAGUGUUCAGCAUGAACAAACUACACUACAAAUAUUGCAGGCAAAACUAGGGCCUGAGGACUUACGUACACAGGAUGCGGCUGCAUGGCUUGAGUACUUUGAGUCUAAGGCUUUAGAGCAGCAAGAAGCUGCACGUAACGGUACGCCUAAGCCUGAUGCAUCAAUCUCCAGCAAAGGCCAUUUAAGUGUAUCGGAUCUUUUGGAUUAUAUAGCCCCCGACACAGAUAUGAAAGCAAGAGAUGCCCAAAAGAAAGCCCGUGCAAAGAUUAAGGGCAAACCAGGCCAAAACUGGGAGACAGUCUCAGAUGAAUAUCAGAAUGAUGAGAUUUCAUCACCAACUUAUCCUAUUAAGGAGAAUUCAAGUGAUAAAGAAAACAAAUCUGAAGCUCAAUUCAUGGAAUCUGGUAAUGAAAAACCUGAUUCACUUCUACCAGAUCAACAAGUGCUGAUUAAAAAUGUUGGCCAAGAAGAGGAUGACACCUCAGAUGAAGGAUGGCAAGAAGCUGUUUCUAAAGGUCGUUCACCUGCAGCUCGUAAAUCUUCUGCUUCAAGGAGGCCAAGUCUAGCCAAACUGAAUACAAACUUUAUGAAUGUGUCCCAAUCCUCAAGAUAUCGGGGAAAGCCCAAUAAUUUCACAUCUCCAAGAACAAACCCCAAUGAGCCUACUGCUUCAGCUGGACCUAGUCUUUCUGCUUCAAAAAAGUUCGUUAAAAGUUCAAGCUUUAGCCCAAAGCUAAAUAACCCAAGCAGCACAACUGGUGGAGUGGAGAAACUGGUAAACCCAAAAUCAGCCCCUGCUAGCCCAGCUUCAACUGAUCAAGUUACCAAGCCUACUCAAGUAGCAACUCCAAUCAGUGUGCAAGCAGCUGGAAAACUAUUCUCCUACAAGGAAGUUGCUUUGGCCCCACCUGGGACAAUCGUAAAGGCAGUGGCAGAGCAGUUGCCAAAAGGAAAUCCUCUUCCAGAACAGAAUGUUCAGGCAAGCCAAGAGACAGCAGCACCAGAUGUCACACCAAGUGAUGUGGCAACACUAAUGGUCACUAGGGAAGAACUUGAAAAAGCAACUGGAGAGAAAGAGUUUCUAGGUUCUGAGACAGAAAUGAAAAGCACUGCUAAUGAAGAAAGAGAAGCGCAGACAAGUGAAUUGGUGUUGACAGAAACUUUGGUGGAAAAAAAGGGCACUGUAAUUGAAGACAUAAAAAUAGAAGCUGAGACGGUAGAAGUCAACAGUGAUGUUGAAAUCACAAAAACGGAAGCUGCAAAUGGAUUUUCAUAUUCUAAUUCUUGCAAUGAGUCAAAUAGUGCUAGUUCGAAAAUUGAAGCAUUAGAAAUUGGAUCUUUAGACAAAUGCCAAGUUACAUGUUCCAACUCAGAACCUUUGGUUGCUGUAACUGAAAAUACAGCUCAGUUGCCAGAGAAAGAGGCCUCUAUGCCCACUGGAAAAGUGUCAGAUGAAGAUCCUCAAGAGCUACCUAGUGGUGAAGUUAGCGUUAAGCAGUUGCCAACUGAAGGAGAAAAGCAAGAUGAAGCAGAAAUUGUUAAAGAGACAACAAAGAAACUUUCUGCUGCUGCACCCCCAUUUAAUCCGUCCACAAUUCCUGUUUUUAGCUCAGUUACAGUUCCUGCUUUCAAGGAUCAUGGAGGAAUCCUGCCCCCACCAGUGAAUAUACCCCCAAUGCUUCAAGUCAACCCUGUCCGAAGAUCACUUCAUCAAUCUGCGACAGCUAGAGUACCAUAUGGACCUAGGCUCUCUGGAGGCUAUAACAGAUCCGGAAAUCGAGUUCCACGGAACAAGUCUAGCUACCACAGCAGUGAACAUUCUGGAGAAGGAAACAGCUACAGUCCUCCAAGAAUAAUGAACCCACAUGCAGCUGAGUUUGUACCCGGCCAACCUUGGGUGGUUCCUAAUGGCUACCCUGUCUCUCCAAAUGGAUUUUUGGCUUCUUCAAAUGGCAUGCCAAUUUCACCAAGUAUUUAUCCCAUGUCCCCAAUGACACCAAAUGGUGUUCCUGUGACUCAAAAUGGAUUUCUCAUAACUCCAACUGGACCAGUAGAAUUAGCAGCUGUUGUAACUGUUGAUAUUGGAGCUGAAACCAAAAGUGAAGCAGUAGCAGAGCAGACUCCAGAGAGUUCCUCCACUGAAGUUGAAGGUGAAAAUCAGUCAAGUGAGCAGAAACCACCAAAAGAUCAAUCUUUAGACAACGAAAACAAGGUUCUUGAAAAUGAAGGAAAGCCUGCAGAUGUGGUUCCUUUGACUGGUGCUGUUACUGUGGCAAAAGAAGCUUGCAGUGAAGUACAAGUUGAUGCAAAAUUGACCAAGUGUUGGGGAGAUUAUAGCGAUAGCGAAGCUGAGAUUGUUGAGGUUACAAGUUGAGGAAAACAAGAUUUUGGAUACUAAAUGAUUUGUUCGUAGCCAAGGUUUUGUAUAGCACUAGAGUUACAAGUAGUGAUAAACAAUGCAGAGCCACUAGAGACGGGCAAGGAUGGGGAAGUUUAUUUUACAAAGUUUUGUGACAUGUUUGACAGUAAAGAGUUGACCGAGAUGGAGUGAAUACUUUCUGAUACAGUUUGAUUUUGCAGCGCAAGGAGGCUUGUUGAGAGAUUUGGUAUGCGAAAGGCACAUACCAUGACCAUCUGUUGAGUAGUUCAUUGAUGACUGGUACUUUUUGCUCGUUUACUUUUUUACCAAAUUUUUGGUUUUUUUUUUUUACCAUCACUUUCGUUGGAUGUCAAUAAAACAUAAAGAACCGUGGAAAAUUUGUACCUUUCUAUGUAGUUCUCCUAAGAAUAAUAAUUUCAUGUAAAAUUGACAAUAAUAAAGCUUCAGUUUUCUUUCCUGUAAAAUAUAAUGCAAUAGCAAUAUUCUGUUCUUUGCUUUCAAGCACUAAGUGUACAUGUUUUAAGUUAAGCCUAAUCCAUAACAAGCUAAUUAAGAUUUUUUUUUUGUUAAAUAAAAGAAACCGCAAC